CGGGCUAUCUGUCUUCAAGUUUUAACUGAAAAUGACCUCGUUUGAUGCCGAAAAAUCUGUAACUGAUCCGAAUAUCGAGAUACAAUGGGCUGAACAUUGUUUCCGUGAUGCAGAAGAUUAUUUUCGCUUACUUUGUUCAGUCUCUGACCCCUCACAAUUAAGACUGACUGCCAUAGAUGAUUUCAUAUACGACAAAUUUAUGGGAGAGUUUAGUGAUAUACAAUUAGACGUUAUUUCUGAAGAUUCUUUGAAAUCGGAGCAAUCAAAAGCAAAAUGGCGAUCAUUUUGCAAUGAGUUUGAAAGGAAAGUUGAAGAUUUCAACUUCGGUACUUUAUUGAGACUUGAUGCCUCAAAAGGAUACUGUCCAGAAAACACCUGCAUCGUUCCUAGAAUACAGUUCCUUGCCUUAGAAAUCGCACGUAACCGCCUUGGGAUCAAUAACACUGAGAAGCUCAGACAAAUACAGGGAUAAAUUUGUACAUAUCUUGUGUAUUUUUUCUAUAAAACUUUGUAAUUGGCCUUGUUUAAAGACUUUAUUGGGAUUUUAAAGAUGAUGAAUCGAAGCUCACUACAUGUAUGAAUAUUUUUUAAUAACAUCAAAAACAACUACGCUACUGAUCACCAUACCUUGCUAAUCAACCUCAUAAAUAAU